CCGGCGUGCGCUGCGCGGGGCGGAAGCGGAAGCGGAAGCGCGGCCGCUCGUACGACGAGGGAAGGGGCGACUCGAGCGGGGCGCCAUGGAGGCCGGGCACCGGAGGGCGCUGCUCAUGCCGCGGAUGCUGCUUCUCCUCUUCCCGGGAGCCGAUGCGCCGCCCGUGAGCCUCGCUGAGCGCCGCUGAGCCAUGGGGGAGCACAGCCCAGAGGAUGUCAUCUACUAUGUAGUGGAGGACGAUGAAGAGGAGGACGAGGAGGAGGACGCGUUGCUGAAGCUGAUGGGCCAGAAUGGCCUGGCGCCGUCCUCACCCCGGAUGGUCUAUGACCGGACCACCGUCCUCAUUGAGCAGGACCGGGCCCCGCUGGAGGGCGAAGAGGAGGACGAGGAAGAAGAGGAGGAGGGGCCCGGCCCAGAGGCUUUGUCUUUCCUGCCGGAGGGCCACGAUGACCGCUUCCAGGCCCUAAUGGCCAGCCACGAAGGCGUCUCCCAGGGCUAUGUGCAGCAUAUCAUUUCCCCGGACCAGAUCCACCUGACCAUCCACCCUGGCUCCACUCCCAUGCCACGCAACAUCGAAGGGGCCACCCUCACGCUGCAGUCUGAGUGCCCCGAGACCAAGCUGAAGGAGGUGAAACGCUACCAGUGCACCUUUGAGGGCUGCCCUCGCACUUACAGUACUGCGGGCAACCUCCGCACCCACCAGAAGACGCACCGGGGGGAGUACACCUUUGUGUGCAACCAGGAGGGCUGCGGGAAGGCCUUUCUCACAUCCUACAGCCUCAAAAUCCAUGUCCGAGUCCACACCAAGGAGAAGCCUUUCGAGUGCGAUGUUCAGGGUUGCGAAAAGGCCUUCAAUACACUGUACAGGUUGAAAGCCCACCAGAGGCUCCACACGGGGAAGACGUUUAACUGUGAAUCGGAGGGUUGCAGCAAGUACUUCACCACACUCAGUGAUUUGCGGAAACAUAUUCGGACUCACACUGGAGAGAAGCCAUUCAGGUGUGACCACGAUGGCUGCGGAAAAGCUUUUGCUGCAAGCCACCACCUGAAGACGCAUGUCAGGACACACACUGGCGAGAGACCCUUCUUCUGCCCCAGCAAUGGCUGUGAGAAGACUUUCAGCACACAGUACAGCCUCAAGAGCCACAUGAAGGGACAUGACAAAGGGCUCUCCUACACCUUGCUUUCCAAUACCAACCUCUCGGAGGACACAAACCACUCUCUCUGCCUGAGUGACCUGAGCCUCAUGUCCACAGAUUCAGAACUGCGGGAUAAUUUGAAUCCAGGCCAAGACCUGAGCGCCAUCCCACCAGCAAGCAUCUUCAUGUUCCAGAGCCCAGAGCCGGCUGCCAGCCAGGAGGAUUGCCACCCAGCAGACUCCUUGAUUGAAGAUUUUGCUGGCGAUGCAGAGCCGGACUCUUCUGUCCCUCCUGUCGAGGCCUCCACCCCGUCGCUCUCCCUGCCACUGGUCCUGCAGCUGGGCAUCUCUGAGCCUCCCACUCCAGUGCCUCCUGCUGCUCCUGUGGCUGGUGGCCCUCCUCAAGGGGCCUACGGCACACCCACCCCCCUCCUCCUGGCCCCUGAAGUGCCUGCCUCUAACCACACGUCAUUUGCAGCCAAUCCCCAGGACUUCCUGCAGCACAUCCAGGCGCCCACUGCUCAGCCGGCCGAAGUGGGGUUCCCUGUGGCUGCAGGGCCUACACCGCCUGCUCCGCCUGCCCCUCCUGCCACCGUGAGUGUGGCUGCUGCUGCUGCCGCUGCUGCCACCAGCGAAGUCCAGGCGGUACCCCUGGGGGGAAGCUCUGUGCUGGCUGGCAGCCCCACCAUCACCCUGACACCCUCCCAGAGUACGGCCCUCCUGCAGUCCAGCAUCGUCAUGGGAGAACAGAACCUCCAAUGGAUUUUGAAUGGGGCCACUGGGGUGCCCCAGAACCAGGAGCAAAUGCCCCAGGCUCCGGUGCUGGAGAAGGUCUUCUUUACAGCUGCCCUGCCCGUCUCUGGCAAUGCAGGGAGCUCCGUACAGCAGAUCGGCCUGAGCCUCCCUGUGAUCAUCAUCAAGCAGGAGGAGGCCUGCCAGUGCCAGUGCGCCUGCCGCGACUCCGCGAAGGAAAAAGCUGCUGCCGCCUCUGCUGCCAGCAGCACCAGUGACAACAGCAGCAACAGCUGCCCCUCCUCAUCCUCUGUGGGGGGCCUGCCUGCUGCCCUGGCCACCAGCACCCCCUCUGCUGGGUCGCUUCCCCCAGUGGCUGCGUUUGAGACGAGCGCUCUGCUGGGGGGGAACCCUUUGGACUCCCCCCAGAACCAGUCCUUAAGUGCCAUGUAUGUCUCUGACUUCCUCUCCCUCCAGAGUCCUUCCGAGAGCCCCUCUGCCCUGAUCCCGCUCGAGGCCCUGUUGCAAGGGGUGGAAGAGGAGGGGGACGGGGCACUGGAACCCAGAGGCGGCUUCCCCAAGUGAGGAGGCCCUUCCAGACUCAGGAAGGCGGAAGGAGCAGGUUGAGCGAGAGGCCUGGAUCUUUCCCAGGCGGAGAAGAAGGAAAAGGCCACGGCCAAAGGAAAGAGGCCCAGCUGGACUCUUCGGUCAUUUUGGCCCUUUACAGUGCCUCUGGGCAUGGAACCGGUCACUUUGAGAGGGGGAUGUUGUGGGAUGUCUUCCCUUGAGUUGCUCCUUGCUGCUGCAGAGGGGGUGCUGACUUUGGGGAGGAUAUGCAAGGAUCUUCUUACAGCUCCUGGACGUCUCUUCACAGUCAGUGUGCGCUAGAAAAGGUGAAGGGGAAGGGUAUGUGGGGACCCUCAUGGGAGGGGCAUCUGCACUUUGUGGGGUGGUUGGUGUUGGUGGUGUCCCAGCUUCAGCGGCAGGGAGAGGGGCAGCGGCAGCCCCGUGGGCAUCUCUCUCUCCAGGGCUCCUCCACUGGCUCGCUCUCAGGAGGCUGUUUGGCCAGCCUGGUGCCUCCUCUUUUUUGCACAUAGGCCCACAGCUUGGUUCAAUGUUGCUGCUGGGUAUCCUCUGCUUGGUAGGUCUCUGGCCGAGAGGCAGGGCCCUGCUGCCUCUUCAGAGCGGCCACCUGGGUGUUUACGUGAAUAGCCCAGGGCCUCAGAGGGUUUGCACUGCCACAGCUUUGUUAGAACUGCUCACCCAGUGCAGUGGGCAGCGGCACAGAAGAAGGGAGGCUCCUGUACAAGCUUGGCAGGAGUUUGCUCUCAGCGGGCGGAGGUCCCUAUGGCAUGCUAGUCCUGAUCAAGGGGAGCUGGUCUUGCCAUGGGGAACAGUUUGCCUAGUGAAGGUGUGGCAGUUCCCUUGGGCCUGUGAUGCCCUUGCUUCAUCUCUGAGCGAGAGUCUCCCCUUCCCUUUGCACCGUGCAGAUGGAUGCUCGCCAGACUGUCUUGUGGCCCUUCCCAGGGCCCUUUCUGAUCCUGCUGAGCACUGGCCUCUGCAUUCAGGUUGAUGAAUUCAAGAGCGCAUUUUUUAAUCUUCUAACUUUACUCAGGGUAAACUCCUAACAUAGCCUCCCCUUGCCCCACCCAGAAGCCUGUAAGGUCUUGAGAAGUCUUUUAAAAAUGCUUUAUUUAUCUGCCAUUUUCUUAGUUGUUGUUUGAAGAAGUUUGAUGCCAUUGCUCCUGUUACUCCUUAUGUGAUUAGGCAGCUGCCCCUUUGAUGUUCUGAGAAGAGAGCCUUCCCCGACAGUGCGGUCAGGGUCUUGCCAAGCAGCUGCAACCAAGAAGAGUCCUGCUGGAUGGUGUGAGGCAUUGGUUGGCACAGCGGGGGCCUUGCUGAGUAUGUGUGCGUGUUUGUUGGCUGUCUUGCUGUCCUUUGGCCUUUUUGUCUCCCAGGCCUUGGUACUUCCCUUCCUG